CGCAAGCAAACCCGCAGAGAUCACAGAUGUGAGAUAGAAACACCGAAGGGCAAAAAGCCAACGCAGUUUUCGGACACAAACACACCGGACAGUUUCCAGCAGAAAUCCAAAUCGGAUUCUUUUGGUCUGCCGUUCAAAGCCUGAUGCGAUCCGAGUGAAGCGAAACCAUGUGGGACUCGAAUAUGUUUCUCACAACUUUGACCCCGAAGUUCUACGUCGCCCUCACCGGCACCUCGUCGCUUAUUUCGGGACUGAUUUUGAUUUUCGAGUGGUGGUAUUUUCGCAAGUACGGAACUUCAUUCAUCGAGCAGGUCUCUUUGAACCACAUCAGCCCCUGGAUAGGAGGUGGUGACAACAGUAGCGAGAGUAACAAUGGUAGCAACGGAACCGCCAGCAACGGCAAUAUCAACCAACAAGCAGUUCCAGAAUGCAAAGUUUGGCGGAAUCCGCUGAAUUUGUUUCGCGGGGCCGAGUAUCAGCGGUUUUACUGGUCCACCAACAAGGAGCCCCUCACCUACUACGACAUGAACUUGUCCGCCCAAGACCACCAGACGUUUUUCACUUGUGAAGCUGACGUUGGGAAAAAUGAAUAUGAGAGUAAGAAAAUUUCGAUGAACUUAAUGCAAACAGCUUGGAGGGAGCGCAACCCUGUGGCCAGAAUAAAAGCUGCCCACGAGGCGCUGGAAAAAAAUCCCGAGUGCGCCCCUGCUUACAUUCUGCUGGCAGAAGAGGAGGCGACCACCAUUGUCGAGUGUGAGAAAAUCCUCAAGCAAGCUCUCCAGGUGGCUGAGAAGAAUUACCGAAAGACGCAGCAGCUCCAGCACCAAAGUGCACUCAUGGAGGCUUCGCAUAGAAGGGACACAAAUGUUCUGAUUUACAUUAAGAGAAGGCUGGCCAUGUGCGCCCGAAAGCUGGGGAAACUCAAGGAGGCGGUCAAAAUGUUCCGAGACUUGACGAAGGAAGUUCCUCCGAUCAUGAACAUUCUGAACGUCCACGAAAACCUGAUCGAGGCGCUUCUUGAAAUGCAAGCUUACGCAGAUGUGCAGGCAGUGUUGGCCAAGUACGACGACAUCAGUCUGCCAAAGUCAGCCACAAUUUGCUACACGGCCGCCCUGCUGAAAGCUCGGGCCGUUGCUGACAAAUUCUCGCCGGACAUAGCCAGCAAGAGGGGCUUGACGAGCGCCGAGACUACAGCCGUCGAUGCCAUUCACCGGGCUGUUGAGUUCAACCCUCAUGUUCCAAAGUACUUGCUGGAAAUGAAGCCACUCAUCUUGCCGCCAGAACACGUUUUGAAGCGGGGAGACUCGGAGGCCAUCGCUUAUGCAUUCUUCCAUUUGUCGCAUUGGAAACAGGUGGAGGGAGCCCUGAACCUGCUGCACUGCACCUGGGAGGGCACUUUCAGGAUGCUUCCGUACCCUCUGGAGCGGGGCCACCUCUUCUACCCCUAUCCGACCUGCACCGAGUGUGCAGAUCGAGAACUCCUUCCAGUGUUCCAUGACGUUAGUGUUUAUCCGAAGAAGGAAUUGCCAUUCUUUAUCCUAUUCACUGCUGGGCUGUGUUCUUUCACUGCUUUGCUGGCUUUGCUAACUCAUCAAUAUCCAGAACCCAUGGGGGUCAUCGCAAAGACGUUGCUCAGCUGCAUCUCGAUGCCAUUUCAAUAUUUUAUGGACAAGCUGGAAGCGAUCGUCAAGUCCAGUUUUUGGCAACAGUUGUCCCGCAUCUGAUGAGGAACAAUGCAUUCGUAUCAAGUCUUUCCUUCAAGACUCUGAUCCACUCACUGAUCAACUCUUGGUAGAUGUCCACAUUGGAUGUUUUUCGGCUUCGGUUACUUAAGCGACACAAAUUUUGUACGGCGCAAAAUCGCUUGAUGUUGUGAUUAUCAAAUUGGACUUGGCAAAAUUAAUCAGUAAAUCGUGUCCACGCAAAUUUUCUGAACAAAAUGAUGUGGUGAUAAAAAAAAUUUGUCUAUUUUAAUGUGACAAGAUGUGGUUGUAUAAUUUGUGUAGUAAAUAUUUUGACUCUCUCCUCUCUGUGACUUGCGCCGAAGUUAUGUACAAUUUAGUCACAUUUUUUGCAUUUUGAUCUUUUAGACUUUUUUAGUCUCUAAUUUUAAGUUGUGCUGUCAUCGUGUCUGCGCAAGUACUUGUAUGUGUAUAACUAUUUUCCUCUCAUAUAUUUUUCAUUUGAGAUUCAUAGCGCAUCAAAUUGACACCCGGCAAAAACGUCGGGCAUAAAUUAAUAAUAAAACUUGCCAUUGUAAAAGAAUUGAGACAUAAACUU